CACGUUCGAAGGCAAAAUUCCACAUACUGGGCCCCGUCCCUCCAUGAAAAUCACAAAAUAAAGCAGCAGCCGCAGUCGCAGUCGCAGCCGCUCCGGCGAGCAGAUGUAAACGCUUCCAGCGAACAUCCACAUGGCCGCCGCCGCCGCCGCCGCCGCCUUCGCCUUUACCCACCACCACCGCUACCUUCUCCUUUUCUUCCUCCUCUACGGCCUCUCCUCCGCCGCCGCCGCCAUCGAUUUCCUCUUCGACUCCUUCGCCCCAGCCGACGCCUCUUCCAACCUCACCCUCAUCGGCGACGCACGAAUCGAUGGAUCCGUCCUCUGCUUCACCAACGAUUCCAACUACUACUCCUUGGGCCGUGUCUUUUACCGCACCCGGCUACGCACGGCCGCCUCCGGAGGGAGCCCCAACCCCUCCCUUUUCUCCUUCUCCACCUCCUUCGUCUUCUCCAUCGUCCCUGGGAUCGAGACCAGCCCGGGGUUCGGCCUCGCGUUCGUCCUCUCCAACUCUACCUCUCCUCCCGGUGCCCUCGCUGGCCAGUACUUCGGCGUCUUCAGCAACGCGACCCACCAGACGCCGGCGCCGCUCCUCGUCGUAGAGUUCGACACCGGGCACAACCCCGAGUUCGACGAUCCCAUCGAUAACCACGUCGGCGUGGACCUCAACUUCGUCGUGUCUUCCAGAACCGAACGCGCCGGCUUCUACCGCGCCAACGGUUCGUCGACAGCACCGGAGUUCCUCAACAUGCGAUCCGGGCGCAAUAUCCGGGCCUGGAUCGAAUUCAACGGGCCUCGAUACCAGAUCAACGUAACAAUCGCGCCGGCUGAGGAUCCGCGGCCUCCGCGGCCUCUGAUUUCUUACACAGAUCCGGUCAUCGCCAACUACGUGUCGCCGGAGAUGUUUGUCGGGUUUUCGGCAUCGAAGGUCCAGUGGGUGGAGGAGCAGCGAGUGUUGGCGUGGAGCUUCUCGGACACCGGAUCUAUGGCCAGGGAGAUCAACGUCUCCAAUUUGCCCAAUUUCUCUCCGCCGCCGCCACCGGUGUCGUCUGGCUCGCCAUCUGCAGGGCUAAUUGUUGGCAUCUCCGUCGCCUGUAUCGUUGUAUCUGUCUGCUUCGCAGGGAUUUACUGGUACUGUAGGUGGAGGAGGAGGGUGAAGAUCCGGAAAGAGGAAAACGAGGAUGAAGAGGAAUGGGAGUCGAAGUAUUGGCCGAGGAGGUUCAAGUACGACGAUCUUUGGAGCGCUACCGAUGGGUUCUCCAGGGAGCGUCUUCUUGGUUUCGGUGGUUUCGGCAAGGUCUACAGAGGAGUCCUCCCCGCUUCGGUCGGAGAGGAAGGAGUCAACGGAGGGAGCAGCGGCAGAAGGGUAAGAGAGCACGAGACGAAGGAAGUGGCGGUGAAGUGCGUGUCUCACGAUUCGAAGCAGGGGGUGAGGGAGUUCAUGGCGGAGAUAUCGAGCAUGGGGCGGCUGCAGCACCGGAGCCUGGUGGACAUGAGGGGGUGGUGCCGGAAGGGGAACGAGCUGAUGCUGGUGUAUGAGUACAUGCCGAACGGCAACCUGAGCCAGUGGCUGUUCCCGGAGGGGCAGCGAGGGGCGCCGUUGGGUUGGGAAUCCCGGCGGCAGGUGCUGGUGGACGUGGCGGAGGCGCUUCUGUACCUCCACCAGGGGUGGGAGCAGGUGGUGCUCCACCGGGACGUCAAGUGCAGCAACAUACUGCUGGACGCCGGCAUGCGGGCGCGGCUGGGCGACUUCGGGCUCGCCAAGCUCUACGAGCGCGGCGUGGCGCCGUGCUCGACCCGGGUGGUGGGGACGCUGGGUUACCUGGCGCCGGAGAUGGCGAUGGCAUCGGCGCCGACGGCCGCGGCGGACGUGUACAGCUUCGGAGUGGUGGUGCUGGAGGUGGCGUGUGGGCGGCGGCCGAUCGAGAGGGCGGAAAGGGUGGAGGACGAUGACUGGGUGCUGGUGGACUGGGUGCGGGAUAUGUACGCGGAGAAGAAGCUGUUGGAGGCGGCCGACAGGCGGAUGCAGCAGUUCCCGAGGGCGGAGAUGGAGCUGGUGCUAAAGCUGGGGCUGGCGUGCUGCCACCCAGAUCCGGAGCAGCGGCCCACCAUGAAAGAGGUGGUGGAGCUGCUCCUGAAUGCCGAUAAUGUUACGGCUCUUUGAAAAUUCUGUUUUUCCUUGACCAGCAUCCUCUGGGUCGUCAUCGCAGAUUGAACAAGAGAAUGUGGCCGGAAAUCAAAUCUUAAUCCUCCAAGAACAGACCGCAUCGAGGCUGUUUGAUAUAAUGCCUUCGAGAGAGCGAGCAGAAGGCUACGCUGUCUAUAUUCAGUUUUUUUUCAAAAAAAAAUGAAAGGGAAAUUAUGUAUCAUCUAAAGAUACAACAAAAGAUAUGAGUUCAAAGAUAGGUAUUUGUUACGAUGAAA